GUUACCACCUCUGAGAUGUCGUUACCGGCAGAGCUUCCCGGGGGGACAAAUUCGAAAAAGAGCGCCACGUUGUUUCGCCAUUUGACCGGCACGGCGCGACGUGUUGUGGUUCAUGGUCGAUUGAGCGAUCGUACGGUGGCUAUCAACGCGAACGAGUGCGUGCCGUUGUUGAAUAGCGUCGUCGGGAACGCACAUUAUCUCGUGCCGAGAGCGCGACAUUUAUGUGUUAUCGAGACUGCUGAGACGGGCGAGAGGUGUUUAACCGCAUUCACGGAUACACACACAGCGGAGUCGAGCAUGAGACGCAAGAGCGAGAGGAACAAAGCAAAGGGAUCUCCGGAGAAGAAGGUUGAGAAACCGACGAGAAAGUCGACGCGUAGGCGAGGCAGGAGAUCACCUUCCACUUCAUCCGAACAAGAUGUUAUGGCUGAGGAGGCAAUCAGAAAUACAGCUCAAGUUAAGGAGACCGAGAAGGAGCUAAAUGCACAGAUACGUCUGCAGAACGAGGAAUCGGAACAGCCGCAGCAAGGGCAGGAGGAAACUGUCACGUCCAGCGAGAGAAACUUGAAGGCUGAUUCGCCGGAAAAUGAAGCGGACCAUGGCGGUUCCGUGUGGAAAGUAGCUAGGGCGGACGCGUCACCCGGCGAGAUACAAAAGUUAAAAUUGUGCAGGCAGCGCAACACGUCCGACGCAUUAUCAGACGCGACGACAUCAUCAUCGAGUAGGAAAAGUAAUUCGAGCAAGUGGCAAGAAAGUGGUGAGGGCGUUGCAGAGGAGGCUGACUCGGCGGAUGAGCAACUGGUUUCUUGUACAAGAAUGCUCAGUAGCGCUGAACAGCCGAACGAUCCCUCCUCUUCAUACCCAGGUCAGGACUCCAACGAAGAGGUAAGUGAUAGCAAGGAGAUCCUGCCUGAAACCACUUCAGCCAACUUGUUGUCUGACGAUAAACCAAACAUAGAUCAGCAUGGUGAAUCAAAUGAGGCAAAUUGCGCUGCCCAAAUCGUUGAUAUCGAGCCCGGUAAGCCGAGUAACACGACAACCGCGCCGGCUCCUAGCACAAACGGUGAGAAUCCGUGCGAGGAGAUCGCCGUCGUCGUCGUCGCCGCCGAUGAUGAUGAUGCUGUUGCUGCUGCUGCUACCACCACCACCACCGCUACCACCACCACCACCACCGCUACCACCACCACCACUACCGAUGUCAUCGCCGACGACACCGUUACACCGAAGGAAGAUAAGUCUGCGGAAGAUGCUAGCGAAAAGUUGACGGAAGCGUUCAGCAAAGAGGCUAGCGCGGAGAAAGAGGCUCGUAGAGACACGAGCAGCGAGGAUGACGAGGACGAGAAAGUGAAGGAACGCCGUGGCGUCGAUACGUCGUCCGAUUCGAACGACGAGUCGCGCGCCAAGAACAGCCGAAGAAGUAGCGACCGGUCGCCGCCGCGGGCCCCGAUUCGCAGAAAACACCGGAACAAGUAUGGCGACUCGUCGAAUUCCGACACAGCCGAUUCCGAGGACGAGCCGGUCGACAGAAAGGUCUCCGAGCCUUACGCCGUGGAGGAGGAGGAGGAAGAGGAGAAACCGAGCGCGGAAUAUUCGCGGGAGGACAAGGAACGCUCGUUAUCGCCGGAGAGAGCUAGUUCACACGCGAACAACGUCGAGCAGAUAGAGAUCGAGCAUUGUGCGACUGUCGAGCACAAGCCCGAGGACACGAGUGAGAAACCGGAGCCGACUGUGUCACCCGGCGUCGUUCAGCCGGUCACUCAGAAACCAGUAAAGGUCAACCUGAAGAGAUCGUUCUCGGCGAGAAUAGCGUCCGAGAAGAACGAGGUGAAGAGAGACGACACCGAUGUGAACGUUAACAACGAGGCUUGCGGUCAAAAUAAGGAAAAUCACAACGACAAUGAACAGGAACCGAAAUGCAUGCCUAGAAAACGUCGAUGGGGGAUCACGCUUUCCACGGAUACCGCCCCGUCGUUCUCCAUCUCGACCGAUUCGCUCAAGGCCUUGGUGCCGGGUGCAAAGCCGUUGCCCAUCAAUGAAGUCCGUCUCUCGAAGGACGACGACGAGGACCGAGAUCGCCACAAGAGUAACGAUAAGCGGCACAUUUCCAGCGACGGUGCAAACGACAACAAGAUAACGGACGAGAAUCUGCAAAAGAACGGCGCCGCCAAGAAAGGCAAUGCCAAGAUAGACAAUCAUAUCGCAACGAGGCGGAAGAUAUCGAUCGUGAAGGAGAUGCCGCAUGUGAAAUCGCCGAGCCCGCCAGCGUCUAAACCCACGAAUAUUCUCUUGAUCAAGAAUCUAGUUCGCCCUUUCACGCUGAACCAGAUUAAGGAGCUUCUCUCGCGUACGGGCAUCAUCGUGGAGAAUGGAUUCUGGAUGGAUCGAAUCAAGUCAAAGUGUAUUGUUGAGUAUUCCAACGAGGACCAAGCCUUCGAGACGAGGCAGGCGCUUCACGGGAUCUCCUGGCCUAUGUCGAACCCAAAAAAGCUUCACGUGGAAUACGCCACGAAGGAGGACAUGGAGGCUGCUCGGGAGUCGUCCAAGGACCAACCGGUUGCUCGUAAGGCCGAGCCGCUCUCGUCAUCCGAUCCGUGGCAGCAGGAGUGGAGUCGCGAGGAGAAAACCAAUACGACCAAGGUGACGGUGGUGAGGGAGUGGGAUCUGGGCAAGGAAGACGGGCAGCAGCACAUCCGGGAGAAGGAGCGCGAGAAGAAGGAGCACGACAGGAAACGGCGACAGAGGAGCCGGAGCCCGGCGUUGGAGGCGCACCUACCGGCGCCGGCUCGUAAGUUCAAGAAGAAGGAGGACGAUCCACCGCCGGCGAAACUGCUGGACGACCUUUUCAAAAAGACGAAGGCCACACCUUGCAUAUAUUGGCUGCCGCUUACGAAUGAGCAGAUAGUCGUGAAGGAAGAGAUGCGAAGGCAGCAUAUGGCGGAGCACGCACGCAGGCUGGAAGAGAUGAGACGCGCAGACAGAAACAGAGACGGCCGACGUCGACGUAGCCCUAGGAAAUAGACGAGACACAACGUAUCUUUCCUCCUCGACCUGACUUAAAUUGGAUCAGCUUCAACUGACUCAGUAUCCCCUCCUCCUCUCUCGUUUCCCUCCAAACCAGCACUGGAUGUUUACUUUCUUUUCGUUAUAAUAUUGUUCUUGCGCGCACGCGCGCGCGAUAUAGAUAAGUUCUCCUGUAUCGUUUGUCACGUAGUCAGGAUGAUGCAUUAGCGUAUUUCAAUAUUCGUUAGCUAUAAUCACAUAUCUCGGACUUUCUUUUCCGAUGAAAAACAAAAAUAUCAAUUCUGAAAUUCUCGUAAAUCUGUUUCGCCGUUAAUUUCGUUUGCGUCCUCUUUCUUUCUUCGAAACCCCAACGCGUUCGAUUUUUUAAAGAAGCUUAUCGAUGUCAUUCGUCCGUCAACCAGUGCAUGAUUACCGACGGAUUCCCCGGCUCUCCUCGAUUCCUCUCCUUGUGCAUCGGAAUUAAACCUUACUUCUUGCAGGUCAACAUUUAUCUAUCUCACAGAGCGUCAGUAACCGUAGAUCAGACACGGUAGUGGUACUGUGUAUUCACGUCGAUCGUGCAGCAGACGGUAAUCGUUUUUACUACGUCACGUGAAAGACCACACACAUAUACAUACACAUACACACACAUGUGCUCGCGUGGACAACCCGUACGAACAACGUGGGAGAACCACUCUGAGGGAAUAGAGAAAACGCAUUGAUUUGUCGAGCUUGUUUGUGGAAUAGACUUGGUUAUUCCCGACCGUCGAGUAACCUUCACGCCUCCGCUCUUCCUUCCGGCUUGAUUUCUCAUUCCGACGGAAUCGGACGGACCGGACGAAUACGCUUGGAUCUAUACGGCUUCGUCUGGAUGGAAGGAAAGAGAUACGUCGUCAUCGUCGUCGUCGUCAUCGCCGCUUGGGACUUAGGAGAAAGAGAGAGAAAGAAAGCAUCAUUUGUAGAACGGUGGCGGACAGGAGAAAAGGAACUUGCGUCUUCACGUUAAUUGUUCUUCGUAGUUUACUCCAACUUCCUCUGAAAGACAGAAAGAAAGAGAGAGAAAGAAAGAGAGAGCGAGAAAGAGAGCGCGAUGGCUUUGGCAACUUCGGUAGAGCGGCUACGGUUGAAGCGUCGUCAGUGUUGUAAUCGUGCGAUAGACUUAGCACAGGGCGAGAACAUGUAUGUAAAUAUAAGCGAUAUUCCACGGUGUGUGACAUGUAAAAUUAUAUAAUAAAUAUUAAACGAAAGAACAAUUGUUAGGAUACACAAAAUGUAUACAUACAUAUGUCGCUUACUUUUUACGAUACACCAAAUUGAAAAAAAAUUUAUUAUUCACUUGUAGAUCGAAAAGAUUUGAAGCAUCGAUAGUAUACAAAUAUAUGUUUAUGCUUAAAACGAAACCCGCUUGUAUGUGUGCGUGUGUCGUUGUCUGAUUUGUUACACGGCUUAUGUCGUGAAAUUACAACGGAUGGAUUCAACGGUGGAGGUCGCGCGACAUGGAACAAAACACGUAACGACGCUCCAGAUUACUGCAGGUACAUUCAUAUGUAUAUAAACUUAUUUGAUAUUUUUAUUUAUAUCAGUAAUAACAUUAUCAACACUAACAUUGUAAUUACUUUUAGUUUACAAAAUUUGUGGAGUACAGAAUGUGCAUAUUGGCUAUUUAGAUACGUCACGGUUACGAGUACUAUCGGUAGAAAGAGAGAGAGAGAGAGAGAGAGAG